ACGGGAAAUUCUUACGAAACGAUUGUAAAAAUAAGGGGGUGUAGUUUACGAAACGAUUGUGGUAGUCUAUCGGUAGUCUAGCUUGUAAAGGGUGUUUUUUUUCACAAAAUCGAAAACUGGGAUCUCAUCUAUUCAGGAAAUCGAACAAUGAUGAGGGUAUCUUUUGGUGCUACGGUUUGGAGUCUCCUGGCUCUGGCUCCGGGGAUUGCUGCUGCUGUGGGACUCCCCGACAGCCAUCCAUCGGUUGGGGUGUUGUCCAAGUUCAACUUUAAGUGUCCCUACGCCGAAGAAUGGGUCACCAAAGGACCACUCCAGGCCGCCUUGGAUCUUGGUCUGGUGCAAAAUGUCACUACCAUCACCACCUCAAAAUCUGGUGGAAGGCAACAGCUUCGUCGUCGCACUCAGCAGGAUACGAUUGUGGCUGGAUCCUGUGUCUACACCAACGCUUGGUCCGGGCAAGUGGCUUGCUUGGAAAUGAGAGGAGACGCUUGGACGGGUGCCACCAUGGAGUCACGUUGUGCUUCGGAGACAGAUUCUACAUUGACGGCCGGGGCUCCCUGUGCUGUUCCAGGCGGAAUGACGGGUUGGUGUUUGGUGGGUGAAGAUGGGUCCAUUGAGGCGACUCCCAUGGCAGGUGACAACAACUGUGGACAAACACAGAGCGCUUGUGAGACUUUCAUGACGGGAACCUUUGAAGCUGCCGGAGACUGUGCCACAGAGUCGCCUGAAGCCGCAGAGGGAGCUGAAGGCGACGAGGGAGCUCAUAGCUUUCCCUAUGCAGUCCCCGCUGCUGGUGAUGGACCAGUCACUUGUGCCAUUGCUCCAGGUGCCAUUGGAGCCGGUCAUCAGGCCGCCUACAGUUUGGGUUACAGCCCCAACUGUGAGGGCACUCCGGCGGAAGGAUCUCCUUACAUGUGGCCCAUGGCUUGGUCGGCCCAUGUGGAAUCCAAGUCCAUGGAGUUUGGUUCGGACGAUGUUUUGUACCACUCGGUCGGGCGAGUCCAUUAUCGUCUCGACAAGAACUGGAAACGACAAGAUUGGUGGUACCAACGCGGAGUUCAGCGCAACCUUGGAACAGGACCUUGUCUUCCCGAAAAUCGAGUCGACGAGUUGAGCGAAGGUUCCGUCAAGGCAUGCCGUCGUGAUUCCGAUGAAUACACAACCAUGAUCCAUCGAGGCAGCAAGAUGUUUUUCAUUUCGUGGAAGAACGACACGGUGGUUGGCUCGAGUGAUCCGGCUCAGAUUUCCCAAUGCGACUGGUUGGACCUCCAAGUGGUCGGCAACAUUCGCCCAGACUGGUACAUGGAUGACAGGGGCGACUCGACGGAUGUGCAAUAUCUUGGAAAUCAACAUGUAUUGCAUGAAAAUGAGCCACGGUUGGUCAAGCAAUGGCGCAAGAAGGACUUUGCUAACCAAUACUUUGUCAUGUCCAUCCUGGCAAACCCCAGGGAUGACGAAGUUCACUGGCCAAUGAUUCUCAAUGUCCCAGGAGAAGGAUUUGGUGACGACUUUUUGCAGGUGUACACCAAUCAUUCCAUGCUGACGGAUGAUGACGAUGACCGUUUCUUACUCGAUGAGUUGCUCGAAGCGAUUGGCGGUACUUGUGAAAAGAUGGAAAUGGGAGGAGGAGCCGGACCACCGACUGGUGAGACUGUACACAUCCCCAGCAACCUGGAAGUUGAUGAAAACUCUUGGUUCAGCAAUGUAUACACCUACAGUCCUGUCUGGGAACCACCAGUCAGUGACGAAUCGCAGAGCAUUGCUUCUGGGGAAACAGGUAUUGCUACAACCGAAAUGGGAAAUCUUGUGGUGGAAUCUUGCUACGACCAAGCGGACAGUGCUGUCAAACUUUCUGUCACGUUCAAAGGAAUCGAAAUGACUGACGACGACCAGUUUCCUUGGAUGGCACUCGGAUAUCGCGAAACCGAGGAGUGUCUCAUGAACCCCCGUGACGGUGCUGACACUGAACUGAUCAUGCUCAAGUCCUCUCCUACAUCCGACCUUGUAGAUGCUCACUUUGGUCAUUUGCCCUCUGGUGCGCGAAGGUUUGAUGCUUCCGCAGUGUCUUCCAUAUCGGAGAGCUUGAUGCCACUCACCGAGAAGAAGGGAUAUUCACAGGUUCAAACGCACAUCCCAACCCCACUGGCCAUCUCCAAGAGCGAGACCAAUGAGAUUCCCGAGGCUGAUUCUGUUACUCUCAGCUUCAAGCAAAGCAUGGAGACUGUCCCUGAAGCAAUGCAUCUCAUGUACGCCAUUGGAGCCUCUGCCGAGGUUGGAUUCCACAAGACUCGAGAGUGCUUCGAACUCGUAGCGUUCCCCUUCUGCGCCGCCGAUGAACCUCUGCCCUCUGUCGAAUCCAGCUCAUCCAGUGUUGAAGCUGAAGCAACAGAAGGAAACUCCAACGAACCAACGUCUGCUGCUGCACAGUUGGCUGGCGUACUGCCUGCUCUGCUUUUUGUUGUAGGCUCCUUGCUCCUCGUGUAAAUACAUACAUACAUACAUACAUACCUACAUGUACAUAACUAAGAUUUUGGUAAAGAGAGUUGAUGGCUUGCUGGU